GAAGUUCCAUAAAUACCCUUCUCGGGCACCACCUGACCACCUCCUCGUAUAAAACCCCAAACCAAACUUCUCGAUCUCUCUACCCCUCUCCAAAAAUCAAACCCAAAAUCUCAAGAAAAGCACAAAACCCACACAGCAAAAACCAGCUUAAUCAACCAAUCCCACAUCUCUCUCUCUCUCUCUCUCUCUCUCUCUCUCUCAGAUUCCAAUCUUCUUCUUCUCACAGUCCUAAUCGAAUCAAUCAUGCUGAAGUUAGGGUUCAAGUUAGGGUUUUUCAUGGUAGCUUCGGCGCCGAUCCUUCUCGGAUUGGCGUUUCGAACUUACUUCGGCGGCGGUGACGCCAAUUCGCGUUUCUCGAUUCUUUUUCUGGUUUUGAGUUUGGUCGUUUCGGUGAUCAUGGCGUUUUCUGGCGUUUUCAGCAGCUUACUGCACUAUAUGCUUCCAAGAAAGAGACCUAGUAAAGGAGUGGUUGUAGAAGAAGAAGAAGACGCCAUUGUUAGCAAGAACAACAGCACCAGCUCCAGCUCCAGCUCAGCCGCAGCAUCUUCUGUUAAGAAGCAUCAGAUCGGCCACUUCGUCGCCGAAUCGACUGUCAACAGCAACAGCCUCAUUAGCAACAACCACGGCAUAGUUGAAAGGGACGUGCCAAUCAUGGCUUUGGGCCAUUCCAACCCCUCCGAUAUCGACGAGGAUCUGCACAGCCGGCAGCUCGCGGUCUAUGGCCGCGAGACUAUGCGGAGGCUCUUUGCAUCGAAUGUCCUUAUCUCGGGGAUUCAAGGCCUUGGCGCUGAGAUUGCAAAGAACCUCAUUCUUGCUGGUGUCAAGUCUGUGAUGUUGCAUGAUGAAGGGAACGUGGAGCUAUGGGAUUUAUCCAGUAAUUUUGUAUUUUCUGAGGAUGAUGUUGGCAAGAACAGAGCACUUGUUGCUGUUCAAAAGUUGCAGGAACUCAACAAUGUUGUGGUUGUUCAUACCUUGACAACCAAAUUGGCCAAAGAACAGCUUGCUGAUUUCCAGGCUGUUGUAUUCACUGACAUCAGUCUUGAGAAAGCCAUUGAAUUCAAUGAUUAUUGUCAUAAUCAUCAACCUCCAAUCGCCUUCAUUAAAACCGAAGCUAGAGGCCUCUUUGGUUCUGUGUUCUGUGACUUUGGACCCGAGUUCACUGUUUUUGAUGUUGAUGGGGAGGAUCCACACACUGGUAUUAUUGCAUCCAUAAGCAAUGACAACCCUGCUCUAGUGUCAAGUGUUGAUGAUGAAAGACUUGAGUUUCAGGAUGGGGAUCUUGUUGUGUUCUCAGAAGUUCAUGGAAUGACAGAACUAAAUGAUGGAAAGCCAAGGAAGAUAAAGAAUGCUAGGGCUUAUUCAUUUACUCUCGAGGAGGAUACCACGGGUUUUGGUACCUAUGAGAAGGGGGGUAUUGUCACACAGGUGAAGCAGCCCAAAGUCUUGAACUUUAAGCCGUUGAGAGAAGCACUCAAUGAUCCUGGCGAUUUUCUUUUCAGUGAUUUCUCCAAGUUUGAUCGCCCACCUCUCCUACACUUGGCAUUUCAAGCGCUGGACAAAUUCGUGUCAGAGUCGGGGCGCUUCCCUAUUCCUGGUUCAGACGAGGAUGCUCAGAAGCUUAUAUCUAUUGCUAGUAACAUUAAUGACAAACUGGGAGAUGGGAGACUGGAAGAUAUUAAUCCAAAACUUUUGCGGCACUUUGCUUUUGGGGCAAAGGCAGCACUAAACCCCAUGGCUGCCAUGUUUGGUGGUAUUGUGGGUCAAGAGGUUGUAAAAGCUUGCUCUGGGAAGUUUCAUCCACUCUUCCAGUUCUUCUACUUUGACUCAGUAGAAUCACUUCCUACAGAGCCACUGCAGUCCAGUGAUUUGAAACCAUUAAAUAGCCGUUAUGAUGCACAGAUUUCAGUUUUUGGGUCCAAGCUACAGAAGAAACUGGAAGAUUCCAAAGUAUUUCUUGUUGGAUCAGGGGCACUAGGAUGUGAGUUAUUAAAAAAUUUGGCCCUGAUGGGAGUUUCAUGUAGCAACCAUGGGAAGCUAACAGUCACUGAUGAUGAUGUAAUUGAGAAGAGUAACCUCAGUAGGCAGUUCCUCUUCCGUGAUUGGAACAUUGGGCAGGCCAAAUCAACAGUUGCUGCUUCUGCGGCUGCAUCAAUAAAUCCGUGUCUUAAUGUUGAAGCCUUGCAGAAUAGAGUUGGCCCUGAAACUGAGAAUGUGUUUGAUGAUACCUUCUGGGAGAAUUUAAGUGUUGUUAUUAAUGCGCUAGACAAUGUCAAUGCGAGGCUGUAUGUUGAUCAGAGGUGCUUAUAUUUUCAGAAAGCACUUCUUGAGUCGGGUACUCUUGGCGCAAAAUGCAACACUCAGGUGGUUAUUCCUCACCUAACAGAAAACUAUGGUGCAUCAAGAGACCCACCGGAGAAACAAGCACCCAUGUGCACUGUGCACUCAUUUCCACACAACAUUGACCACUGCUUGACAUGGGCUCGAUCUGAGUUUGAGGGUUUGCUUGAGAAAACUCCAGCUGAAGUGAAUGCAUAUUUAUCCAAGCCAAGUGAAUAUGUCACUACCAUGAGGAAUGCUGGCGACGCACAGGCCAGGGAUACCUUGGAGCGUGUUCUUGAGUGCCUUGAUAGAGAAAGAUGUGAGACAUUCCAAGAUUGCAUUGGCUGGGCACGCCUGAAGUUUGAAGAUUAUUUUUCCAACCGUGUGAAACAACUUAUUUAUACUUUUCCUGAAGAUGCGACAACUAGUACUGGGGCUCCAUUCUGGUCCGCCCCUAAGCGAUUCCCCCAUCCACUGCAGUUCUCAGCUGCUGAUCCUGGUCACCUUCAUUUUGUUAUAGCAGCUGCCAUACUAAGGGCAGAGACAUUUGGGAUUCCAAUCCCUGAUUGGGUUAGAAACACUAAGAAGGUGGCUGAAGCUGUUGAGAAAGUGGAAGUCUCAGAAUUUCAGCCUAAGAAAGAUGCGAAAAUAGUUACUGAUGAUAAGGCUAACAAUUUAACUCCUCAAUCUAUAGAUGAUGCACAGGUCAUUAAUGAAUUGAUUAUCAAGUUAGAGCAUUGUCGAGAGAAACUCCCACCAGGGUUCAGAAUGAAACCAAUUCAAUUUGAGAAGGAUGAUGAUACAAAUUACCAUAUGGAUCUGAUAGCCGGGCUUGCCAAUAUGCGGGCUAGGAAUUACAGCAUUCCUGAGGUUGACAAGCUGAAAGCCAAGUUUAUUGCUGGUAGGAUUAUCCCUGCAAUUGCAACCACCACGGCAAUGGCCACAGGACUUGUGUGCUUGGAGCUUUACAAGGUUUUGGAUGGAGGCCACAAGCUAGAAGACUAUAGAAACACAUUUGCAAAUCUAGCUCUACCUUUGUUCUCCAUGGCUGAGCCAGUUCCACCCAAGGUCAUCAAGCACCGUGACAUGAGCUGGACCAUCUGGGACAGGUGGAUCCUGAGAGGCAAUCCUACUCUGAGGGAACUUAUUCAGUGGCUAAAGGACAAAGGACUGAAGGCUUAUAGCAUCUCAUUUGAAAGUUGCCUGCUUUAUAAUACCAUGUUUUCUCGACACCAAGACCGAAUGGACAGGAAGAUGGUUGAUCUGGUUAGGGAAGUGGCAGGGGCAGAACUGCCUCCCUAUCGUCGCCACUUUGAUGUUGUUGUGGCUUGUGAGGAUGAAGAGGAGAACGAUAUUGACAUCCCUCUGGUAUCCAUUUACUUCCGUUAGGUUAUGUUCUUGAAUCCGCUGAGAUUGUCGGUCUGUGAUUUUAGGAAGAGAACUCUUGCGUGUUUAGGAUAUUUGACCUCAGACUUUCAUUCCUGUGUUAAUCGAUGAUGAGCACACAGUUGAACAUUUUUAUCCCAACUGUCUCAUGUUCUACAUGUAUAAUCUCUAAAAGUAAAUCCCAUUUAAUAAUAAAUUUGCUUGUAAUUU